AUGUUGGUAAUAUCUACCUCAUUCUGUUCAUUAUCUAUCUAUCUAUCUAUCUAUCUAUGUUCAUAUCUAUCUUCGUCUGUUCAUAUCUAUCUAUCUAUCUAUCUAUCUAUCUCGUUCUGUUCAUUAUCUAUCUAUCCAUUUAUCUCUCUAUCUAUCUAUGUUCAUAUCUAUCUAUCUAUCUAUCUAUCUUCGUAUUUUUCUUCUCAUUUUUUCGAUAACUCUACUUUCUUCUUCUUCGUCUUCUUUUUCUUCUUCUUCUUCUUGUAUUUCUUCUUCUUUUAUUCUUCUUCCCCUCCUCUUUCACCUUCUUUUACCUUUUCUUAUUUUCUUCCCCUCCUCCUACUACUUCUUCUUUUUCUUCUUUUUCUUUUUCUUCCUCUUUUUCUUUUUUCUUCUUCUUUUUCUUUUCUUCUUCUUUUACUUAUUCUUUUUCUUCUUGUAUUUUGUUCCUCUUUUAUUCAUCUUUCCCUCCUGUUCCACCUUGUUUUUCCUUUUUUCCUCCCCUCCUCCUCUUUUUUCUUUUUCUUUUUCUUCAUCUUUUUCUUCUUCUUCUCUUUCUUCUUCUUCUUUUUCUUCUUCUUCUUUUUUUCUUCCUAUUUUUCUUUCUUCUUUUUUCUUUUCACACUUCUUUUUCUCUUUUUCUCUUUCUUCUUUUUCUCUUUCUUCUUUUAUUUUCCUUCUUUUUCUUCUUCUUUUUUCUUUUUCCUUUUCUUCUUCAUUUCUUUCUUUUUCUUUUUCUUGUUUCCCUUUUUUUUUCUUUUUCUUCUUGUUUUUCUUCUUUAG